AGAUGCACACGAGCAUACAACAGCAAAUACAGCUGCUCCAGGAUGUGACUGAUAUAGUGGAGGGUGUGUCGAGUAUGAAACUAGACAUGGCUCGAGCAAUCCCCGGGCGGAGUGCCGAGUUCUCAUCCGAUAUCAUCUCUCGCAGACCAGAGGUGGUGCAAAAGGUUUCAGUUCUGGGCCAAAUCAUACGGCAAUUAGAUGCCAAUCCUAAUUUAGUUUCGUCGCGACCUCUCCGGGACACUCUGGAGUCGCUCAGGAAUCCCAACAAAUUACGAGGCGAUAUUGAAGAUCUGAAGCACAGACAUGAGUACAGCUCCAUCUGCUCUCUGCUAAAUCUGGUGGCGAAUAUAAACUGGACCGAUAACGACCAUGAACCAGACCAAGUGGUGGGCACCAUAAAGAGCUCACAGCGCCAAACACACACAUUCCACUACGAAGCGUCGCGGUACUCCCGAGUGUUCAUUGCUAACCACCUAUGGGAUGUGGUGGAGCAGAUGGAGCAGCCGCAAACAGCCCUUGUGCCAAGAAGGGCAUGAGAACAAACCAACACAACACUUGAUGCACUUGGUACAAUUCAAUACCUCGGAAUCACGGGAACGCAUGCGAAUAAAUGACAUUUUAGACACACUAUAACACAUGAGAAUAGAUAAAAACUUUUGACACUAUAACACCGG